AUGUGUACAUUAGAACUCAUUUGUGUGCACGUUAUCGGAAAUGUUUUGUAUAACUGAUUACUGCAAGUUAUAUCACCGCAGACCACACCAAACAUAUGCAAUGCAUACAAACUGUUUGUAACUGUAAAUAAUAAGAUUUACUCCUAGGUUUACAAACAAAUUUCAAAUUAAUUUAUCAGGAACUAAAAAGAAUUAAUUCUUGAAAUAUAAAUAUAAUAAAAUUGCAUUCUCAAGUGAAAAUCGCGCAGUGGUUGUGUUGUGUUGAUGGGGAAAGUCGCGAGCAAACAUUAUGGUUACUGUGGAUAAUUUGGUCGCUAAAUUGUGUCUUUUAGUUUUGGAGAGGAAUGAAGAAGCCCAAGUAAAAGAAUGGCGUCUUCUUGGGCAAGAACAAGAUGGAAAUUUAUUGUUCACGUGGGUAGAGACAUCGCUGGCAACCAACAAUACACCAAAAAGCAAAAUAGGAAUUUAUUCCUAUGCGGAAAAUACUUUAAAAACGCUUUAUAUUUUCAAUGAUCAAUUGAAUGUUAUCCAGUCAUCGGUAAAUGAAAAUCGCUCAUUACUGGGAUAUAUAAUCAAGGAAGAAUUCAAUCAUUCUUUCGUUUACAAACCGUAUGUAAUAAAACUAGAAAGUUAUGAGGUUUGUGCGUUGAAUAUCGAGCGUUCCAAGCAGAUUAUGAUACAAUUUUUAUACAAGAAACAGUCUGUGUUAAAUGAGAAACAAAAGGAAACCUUUUUGCUUCUUAUUCAUGAAGAAUGUGUUUUGCAAUAUCAGAUCUCUCAAUCAUCCGACACAUUUGCAGUGGAAAACUUCGUAGUUGAUUCUCUAGUGAGAGUUUUUAUUUGGGCACAAUGGGAUCCAGUCUAUCAAAUUUUAUAUUAUAUUCAUUACAAAAAGCCCAUGAAGUGUUUAGUAGAAGGCGAGGAAAGCGAACAUACUUUUAAAGUAUCGCCAACUUUGAGUGGAUUACAAUUUCACGAUGAUUUGCCACACGAAACAGUCUUAAAUAUUCCAUUGAAUUUACCACAUUUAUCAACAAAUCCGUGUAAUAUUUACGAGGAUGACACGGUUCCACUAAGAAUUCACAAUUGUUCACUUGAUUUAAUGGUUCUUACUGAUUCGGAAGGAAUUGCGUGUAUUUGUCAUCAUUAUUUAUAUCAGCCUGUACAGGAAACUACAAAUUUAGAUGAUGACGAUGCAACACCAGUACAUUUCGCAUACUCUGUGACUGUCCUACAUCAAAGUUGUGUCCUCCAUUGUGUGAUACCUGGCAUUAAAUGGAAAGAGGCGAAAACAAUUCGACCCCUUUUCAAACUUUACGACGAUCAUAUUAUGGUAUACAUCCCUGGAAUUUGUACUCAACUCUUAGACAUAUCCAUGAUCCAUGAACCAUCUAAUCACAUCACAACGGACAUUGUUUUACCUUACACAGAGACGUCGCAGAUAUGCCUUACACCUCUCAUUAAAUUUGGUACAUAUUCAGUUUUAAACUUGACGACACUAGAAAUAAUUGAUUUGCAUGUACCAAAUACUCAAUUGAUCGAAACAUUUAAAAGUCAAACUACAUUAGAAAAUAAAUUAGCAAUCAUCCAUUAUUUUCUCGUCCAUCAAGGCGACAUGGACAUUGCUAUAGAACUAAUCUCAUCACAAAUUGAAGCUCAAACAACACUAGGCUUCCCGCAGAUGUUAAAAGAAUUCCUGCUGGGAAGUUCAUAUGCGUCUGUACAAAGAAAUCUACCUUCCGAUGCGUCACAAUUAAUAAAUUUACUCCCGGUUACUACACAAGGAGUUGGUUGUGACUUAGAAGUGCAAAUGAAUGGAAGAACAAUUUCGUUAUCACAAGAUGCGUUGUGGAAUGCUAGCAUGAUGUUACUUUCACCACAGCAAAGGAUAGUCCCAUACCGAGUUGAUUUAUGGGUGAAACUUUGGGAUAUCUUAGUGCGAAACGCCAAAGGAAAGCAGAGAUUUAAACCUAGUCAAGUUGUAGAGAAAUUAUUAGUAUCAUUGGUUUGUUACAAACCGGAAGCUUUGUCAAGAUCAAGUACACCCAUGUCACCCUGUGCAAGCAUUGCUUUAUCAAGUACAACUGACUUAAGUUCAAUGAAAAGUCAAAGUGAUGCAUUACCGUUUUAUGAAGUGGAAAGUUGCACCGCGAGCAAACAAGAACAUAUUAUUUCUGUGAAUUUGAGAGAACUAAGUAUGCAUUUGUUAAAACAAAGCACCGAGAAUAAAAUGAGUCGCUUCCAAUGGCAAUCACAAACACCAAUGCAUGUACAUGCUGUUGCAACAAGAUAUAUCGCUGCACAAUUAGAGCAAUCCCGACUUUUAUGUCAAAUCUUAUGUAAAGCAGCCACGUUUGAUGCAAGAUAUGAACAUGACAAAGGAUUCGUCUACAUUGAUCAACUACCAGAAGAAAAACGAUAUAUAUUAUUCACAACUCUAGAGAGAUAUUUCCUUGCUGUGGAAGCAAUCGCGUUUCCCCUACCUCUAGGAUUUACAUCGUUUUUUACUUUUCUUGGUUAUAGAACAUUAAAAUUUAAUAUUUUUCUUCAAUAUGUCCACCGUCACGUGUUUGAACUACAAGUGGACGUGAUGAAGAUAAUUAUGGCUGACAUAGAUGACACUAAAGAAGGUGUACAAAAAAAACUUAACCUAUUAUCGUUACUACCGCGUUCUAGAGCAAAACGACUAAUGAACCAAUGGAAUCACCCGAUUAGUCUCAUGAUCAGAGCCAGAGAACACGCCGCUAAUAUUUUAUCAGGUGUAGAAGGGCAAAACGCGACAAGAGUACAUGCUGUACAAAAAAAUAGGAAUCAAUUCGGUUUGACUGCGUUCCCAUCUGCUGAUAGACUAUCGCCAUUAGAUACAUUCUUAGAUUUACUUACAGCUAAGGCAAGUUUGACUGAUUUGGACUUUGGGUUGUUGAUUGAGGCAACCGUUGCUUCCAUGGAGGAGAUUGAUGUUAGCAGUGAUUAAUUUGUAAGCUAUUAAUUUAUUUUAUGGGAUGUUGUGCAAUAUGUAAUAGUAUAAAUCUCCUAGAACAAUUCUACUCCUAAAUAUGAAAUAAACUAUUAUUACGGCUACAAAUUAA